UGUGUUACUGCUGACCAAUCAGAGUACAGGCACAAAAUGUUAUCGUUCUGACGGGUGCCUUUACCCAAGACCAGCACGGAAGUAUUUUUGAUUCACAGGGAAACAAAUUUGCUCAACGCUGCGCUUUACCUAUCAGGUAAAAUUAACAACAGGUGGAAAGAUGUCAGAGCCCAGUAAGCAAGAUAUUGCUGCCAUUUUCAAACGACUACGUUCCCUUUCUACGAAUAAGGCGUGCUUUGACUGUUCGGCUAAGAAUCCUAGUUGGGCCAGUAUCACCUAUGGAGUGUUUCUCUGUAUAGACUGCUCAGGAACACACAGGUCAUUAGGAGUGCACCUGUCAUUCAUCAGGUCUACUGAGCUGGACUCUAACUGGUCCUGGUACCAGCUACGAUGCAUGCAGGUGGGCGGCAAUGCCAGCGCGAAUGCCUUCUUUGCCCAGCAAGGCUGCACGUCCAACGCCGCAAACACCAAGUACAACAGCCGGGCCGCUGUGCUCUACCGCGAGAAGAUCAAGACCUCGGCCACGCAGGCCACAAGGCGCUUCGGCACUGAGUUGUGGCUGGACAGCCAGGCCCCCCUCUCUCCAACAUCUCCUGUCAAUAAGGAGGAGGAUUUCUUCAGUAUGCACGCGCAGGCAUUCCCUGAUGAUCGUAGCUCCGCCCAGCCUAAUAUAACAAGCUCCGCCCAGAUGAAUCUAAGCCCCACCCCAGUAGAGGAACCCUCUACAAAAGAAACCGAGAGGGACAAAAACGGUAAUACAGAGGGUCCCAGUGUUGACGUGCUAAGUGUGUCUCCUAAAGAAGCCUUAGAGUCCUCCUCUCUUCUCAAGAAGAAACCAGCUGGGGCCAAGAAAACAUUGGGCGCUAAGAAAGGUGGUCUUGGGGGUAAGAAGGUGAGCAAACAGAGUUUCUGUGACCUGGAGAAGAAAGCACAGGCGGUAGAUAAACUCAAUGAGAGAGAUACAGCACCCACCACCAAGAACAGCCCCCAACCAGCAGAGGAAUCCAUUGGUGCCUCCAUGAGACUGGCCUAUAAGGAUCUGGAAGCGCAGCAGAGGAGUAAUACAGAGAAGAUGAAGGGGAUGGGGGAGAAGAAGAAGGAGCAGGCUGAGAGACUGGGCAUGGGCUUUGGCAGCAGGAGUGGAGUGUCUCACUCUGUGCUGUCAGACAUGCACACUAUCCAGCAGGAGAGCCCAGUGGGGUCCAAGCAGCCCACUAAGAGCCGGAGGUACACAGAGAAGGAGGAAGAGGAGACUGACGAAGGCUCCUUUACAUCCAGGAUGUCGAUGACCAGUUCAAUGACCAAGUUUGAUGACCCGACAGAAUCCUCUGACAAGUUCUUCUCCAAUUGGAGCGAGACGGGGGAGUCUGGCUGGAGGAAAGAGAGCAGGAAGCCAGAGCCAGACUUCUACCUGAGCACCAAGAGUUCCUCACAGGACGACAGGACCGCAGCCCGGCGGAAAGCAGACCCAGUCCCUGUCUCAGACUCAGGCGACGCCCGCAAGAAGUUUGGGGACGUCAAGGCCAUCUCCUCUGACAUGUACUUUGGCAAGCAGGAUGACUCUGAGUAUGAGGCGAAGACUCGCCUGGAGAGGUUCUCUGGAAGCAACUCCAUCAGCUCAGCUGACCUGUUUGAUGACCCAAAGAAACAGAUGGCCAGCUCAUAUCGUCUGACCAACAUGCUGCCCAGUGCUCCAGACAUGUCCCAGCUGAAGCUGGGGGUCCGCUCUGCGGCCGGGAGGCUGUCCGUCAUGGCCAGCGGAGUAGUCACGUCCCUUCAGGACCACUACAGUGCGUGAGUCCAGUGUGUGUACCUGUGUUAUGACACACACACACAACCUGUUAGGUCCCCUGGGUAUUGGAGUCGGUAAACAUCCUUACGUGCGAUGGACAAGUUCAGCCGUGCAGGAGAGGGAGAGAUAUGGACGGAGAGAGCGAAUUAGUGACAUUGUGUAGGCCAGAACAUAGGCUGUAGCUGUGUGUGUGUGUGUGUGUGUGUAUAUAGCAGCUAUUUGAAUAAAGGAUGAAUUAUCUACAUUGGAGUUAUGUCGAAACAACAUCCUCUAUGAGGUAGAUGUAUGAAGAACACUUAUUUACGCAGCUUAUUAUUUAAUCUCUCCAGGCCUUUAGUUUUGAUAUUUACAUCAAUGGUAUUCAAAAUAAAAUGUUAUCAUCCAUUAUGGUUCUAAUUGAGGGUGACUUAGGUUUUGGGUUCCUUUUCCCCUGUGCAAUUGUUAUUGAAUCAUGUCAUCUUGGUCACCUUGGUUUUUAUGUAGCUAUUUGCAAUGAAGACAUGUAUUUUUCUACAUGCGGUAUGUAAAUAAUUUAGUUAAUUAAUCUGAUGGGCAUUGUUUUAAUUACCUGCCAAAUGCAGAGAGAUGUUGCCAUGUAGGAUACAUGUCUUAAAUUUUAGGGUGCCUUCAAACCAAAAUGCCUGCGACACGUUGUGCGUGUGCCGAUUCACUGAAUGUGUGUUUGGAGGUAUGGUGAAGUGGAGAACAUUCGAGGUGGGAGAAACAUUGUUUUACAUUGGUUGACAGACCUCUAGUCAGGAUGGGCUGCAACACAAUGUCCCCAUCUCAUCUGUUGGACAGUGUAGAUCUUCCAUUUCAUUCACUUCUAUCCACCUGUACACUGCUCUCUGAAAAAAGGUGUUUGCUGUGCUUUUGAAGCAUUGUUUGCAUUGGUUUGAAAGUGCCCUUCGUCUUGGAAGUGUACUUAUGUCUGUCACUCAUUUGUCACUUGACUGAAGGACCAAAUACUUAUUGAUUUCUUUGUGUAAUAUAUAUAUAUAUGUGUGUGUGUGUGUGUGUGUGUGUGUGUGUGUGUGUGUGUGUGUGUGUGUGUGUAUAGACACACUGGUCGGAUACGGUCCUGUACAGUGUAGCAUGAUCUGGUCUGCCUCAGCAGCCAAACAUAUUCUCCAUAUUACUAUUGACUACUCCCUUCAUUCAUCUGAACUGAUAGCAUCUUAAUGUUCUGUCCCAGUACUCUCAAAGGCUGAGUUUAGACAGGCAGCACAAUUCUGGUCUUUUUCUUCUCACUAAUAGGUCUUUUGACCAAUCAAGUGUGCUUUUUAAAAAGAUCUGGUGUGAAAAGAUCUGUGUAAAAAAAUAAUCAGAAUUGGGCUGCCUGUCUAAACGCAGGCAAAUAACUGAUUCUAUUUUAUGUGACCACAUUAGUUUGUGAGGAACACAGGACACCCAUCCAAUUAUUUUACUCUUCUGUGGCUAUGAAGGAAAAGAGAUGAGGAAAGGAACUCAUGCAAAAGAAAUGGGGCGUGGCCCUCUGUGAUCAAGGACCCAUUGGCUGCCCUCCCUAGAGCCUGACUCAUUUCAACAACAGUUGUACUAUGUGUUUAGUGAAGGGUAAAUUCUGACCCUUUGCUGAGCAUAUUCAUUGUAAAUGACCUCUGUGAACUGUGUACCUUGCAGAUAAUAUUUAGGGUGUUUAGAGUAUAUUUUCACACACUGGGUAUAUGUGGGUUAUAUUUUGGGAGUUUAUGCAUAAUGUGGUUUUGUUAUUUUGAGGGGAUUGGCUAGAAGUCUGUAACUGGAUGUUGCUAGAGGUAUUUCUUGCUCCCUAGUAUCACCUACCGAACUCUCAUUUAAUGCAUAUUUUUCUCAUUUUGAUCCUUACUAAUUCGAACUCUUGAGUUGAGAUUUAACACUGAAGUGAAAUAUAUUUAAGAUGCAACGUUACCCAUUUGAAUCUGGAUUUUGUAUAGUGUGUAAUUCAGUGACCAACCAGGGCUUUUGUUCAUUCUCUUUCUACUAUAAUCCAAAGAAUUAGGAUACAUGUGCACAUGCCCUAAAAAUGUCAAUUAUGGGAAGAUCUAGUUUUUGUAUUUGUAUUAGAACCUGCAAGUAAACAUUUUUUUUACUUGAAUGUACAUCUAUAGAACAGUACCUGAAGCAUUGCAUUAGUUUCCAAAUGACUGUUUACCAACAAAUACAUCUAUAGACAUGGGCUCUUUAGAGAUCCAUUCAAUUUGUGUAAUCAAGGUGUGUAUCAUUGUUAGCUGCUGUGUAUAAGAAACUUUGCUUCAGAAUAAAAAUUAUACUGCACUUGCAUGUCCUCAGUGGCAGACUUACCAUUAGGCAACUCAGGCAGUUGCCUGGGCCUUGUAAACUUGUCAUGAUUCUGUUUAAUAAAACAUCAUUUCUGUUA